AUGGAAGAACAAGAAGCCUCACCACCACUUCCACCGCCACUACUGCCACCGCCGCCCACCAACCCUACUUGUCUCUUCACGUCUUCUAUUCCAACAACCCUUCUGCCAAAUACGAAUUUGGAAAGCUUAAUGUCUCGUAAUUAUAAUCAUAAUCAUAGCUUUGAACAAAAUGCUGCUGAAACAUCUGAAAAUGUCGCCAAAUUUGAUUAUGAAGAUAAGAGCGAAAAUAUUAAGGAUAAAAGAAGAGGUGGUCGAAAUAGAAAAUCCACCAUUCCAAGAUUUGCCUUUCAAACCAGGAGUGAAGAAGAUAUUCUUGACGAUGGCUAUCGUUGGAGAAAAUACGGCCAAAAAUCUGUCAAAAAUAGCAACUUUCCCAGGAGUUACUAUCGAUGCACACAUCACACGUGCAACGUGAAGAAACAAGUUCAAAGGCUAACCAAGGACACAAGCAUUGUUGUGACAACGUACGAGGGAAUCCACAACCAUCCGUGCGAGAAGAUAAUGGAAACUUUGAGUCCUCUUCUCAAACAAAUAGGGUUCCUCAAUAACAGGUUCUAG